AUGCUGAUGAUGCAACGUUGUGUAUUUUGUUUUAUGGCUUUGGUUCUGAGCACUGCCUGUGCAUGUGUGGCAGCGAAUGUUGCUGGUGCUGGGGGUGGUCCUCCACCACCACCUCCUCCUGGCGAUAAUUGUAAACCUGAACCUGAUAGCAAACAGUGUCGUACUGGCGGUACUGAAGCUGAAACUUCCUCUGGUGAUUGUGAGAACUCUUCUCCGCCUGAACGUUGCACUAAAAAGGAUGGUCAUAUUGACGUCAAUUGCCCUAAAGAUUCUGAACCUCCGUGUCCACAACUACAACCGAAGGAACCAGCUCCAACUUCACCAAAGGAACCAGCACCAAAGGAACCAGCA